GGAUUUGCUUAUCUAUUGGUGGGAGGGGCUGGUUAUUGCAAAUUGCAACAACAUGAUGUCCACUAAAGUGCUUACCUCUCUCGUGGUUCUCUGCUGUCUUUCAGCAGUCUGGGCUAUGCCUGGAGAUCUGGUCCUCAUGAAAGAUGGAAUUAGCAUGGGUGCUGUGUGCUUGGAUGGUACCCCUCCAGGUUACUACUUCAGGCCAGGCAGUGGAAGCGGUCGAAGCAAACUGAUUAUGCACAUGGAGGGUGGGGGAUGGUGUUACAAUGAGGACGACUGUGUUGGACGCAGUAAAACCAAUCUGGGAUCUUCUAAAAACUGGGGCCCAACUGCCAGCUUCAAUGGCUUCCUCUCUGAUGACCCACAGCUCAACCCACUCUUCUACAACUGGACGCUCGUCUUUCUAAAGUACUGUGAUGGAGCAUCUUUUGCAGGCAAUGUAGACAAAGUAGUCAACUGGAAAGACACCGACUUGCAUUUCAGAGGGUUCAGGAUCCUCGAUUUAGCAGUUGAGUCUGUUAAAUCUAUCGCCAACUUUUCGGAAGUUAUUCUGACAGGCUGCUCAGCUGGUGGGCUGGCAACGUACAUCCACACUGAUUAUGUGGCAAGCAAGUUCCCUGGAGCUACAUUUCACGCCAUUGCUGAUGCUGGGUAUUUCAUUGAUGCUAACAAUGUCAACGGGGAACCUCUUAUCAGAAAGGAGUACCAAUAUGUGUUCAAGAUGCAGAACUGCGCUGGUGGAGUGAACCAGGACUGUGUAAAGGAUCUCUCCCCAAAGGGUGAGGAGUGGAAGUGCUUCUUCCCUCAGUACACGGAGCCUUACAUCAAAAACAAGCUCUUUGGACUUAACUCUCAGUACGACACAUGGCAGCUAGGCAACAUCCUACAGCUGCCUUGUAACCCACCCAAGUGUACACCUGACCAAAUGAAACUACUGGAAAAUUUUGGCAAGGAGUUUCUUGAAGCUGCAGCUGACUUUAUUGCUGGAGAUAGUCGUGGUUUCUUCUUUGAUUCCUGCUUGCACCACUGUCAGUCUCUGGGAGGUGAGUGGACAAACAUCAUGGUCAACGGGCAACGGGCCAAUGAGACGUUUGCCACCUGGUACUAUGAAGGGAGUGGGAGUGGCAGUGGGCGGGAGGUGGACUGUGCAUACCCUUGCAACCACUCAUGCUAGACCGUCUGAACAAUGUAUACACGAACUUUUAUGCAUGUAGUUGACAUUACUUUGUAGAACUAUAGUUUAAUAGUGUAAUCUCUAAUCUGAUGUUGAUAUUUUUUUUAAACAAUA